UCCGGCUGACACCACUUCCACCCCCAAGGCGUAUGCCACCAAGUUUUUCAACAAGCUGUCCGAGGCGGAGAAGUGGGAACUUGAACAAGACCUGCUCAACGCCAUGCUGAACAACGCCUGGGGGAAACCUGACUCCAGGACAUCGGAAAUCCAAGACUUCAAGAAGAACGUCGGCCAGUUCUUCGACCAGCUCAUUUGCAAGCAAAAGGUACUCCCCAGUAGCCCCCAAGCAUGUAGGCGGAAACUCAAAAAGUAGUUAGCGCUUAGAUGCUUAGAGAAAGAUUACUUCCGGGAGAUUACUAAAUUGGAUCAGUAGCCCCCAAGCAUUAUGGCGGAAACGUUCCGGCAAUGAUGCUUUGGAGAAAACCACUUUACAGGCGGAAUUUUUACUCCUGCUCUGUCUAUGUUUUACAGGAACAGCAGGCGCUGCACUAUGAGCUGCACAAGAACAUUGCGCUUCAGCGCCGCGUUACUCUGAAUCAGGCGGAAAAUAUCCGGACUCUGAAGGAUGAGAAUGCGGAACUGACCAAGCAACUGGCGGACGCCCAAGGCGCAUCCUCUUCCCUUGCUACAGCCUCAUCUGAACUUGAGAACCUGCGCUCCUCGUACCAAGAUUUGGAAACGAAAUUAAAGGAGGCGGAACUAAAGAGGGAGCAGGCCGAGAAGCAGCUGGCGGAGAAAAACUCCGAACAUAUCAGGGAAAAGGGCGAGCUGUUGCUGAAGAAAAAUGCUGACAGCGAAACCAUCAAGAGGCAGCAGAAAGAGCUCAAUGGUCUCCGGAAAUAUAUGGAGACCGCGGAGCAUCACUGGGACAUGCUCAACGAGAACAUCUUGGGUACGAUACUGAAACCUUGCCCAAAUGUUUUCUCCGACUUUUUACUUUGCGCUCAAACUGCAUACUUAUAUCCUGAUUAUCUUUACGCAGAGCCGCUUGGAUAUCCGGAGCAGCGCCGGAAUUUGUUCCCCCGGGACGACCUUCUUCAACUCGCAGGCGACGAUUGCAAAGAUCUCAUCUCCGCCUCCCGCAAGAUAUGCUACAACUUAUCCAUCAAGAGGAGUCGCACAUGCAACGUUCGCAAGCUUGUUGGAAAGAUGGAUGUUCUGCCGGAGCUGGUGACGGAUCUGCAAGCAUCAUCAGCCCGAGGCGCAGCUGCAAUGGCCUUGACCAUGUGCCUAGCACAUAAUCCGGGUCUUGAUCUUGAUCAAGUGACCACGGGCGUUCCUCCGGAUGCGGAUGUCAGCGCGCUGCUGGAUGCAGUGAGCGGCUACGACACCCGUAUCGCGCGCAGGAUCCGGCAUGAUGAAUUCUACGACAAGGUCGUUCUUCCCGCCGACGAGCCCUUGGAAGAGGAACUUCAGAAAGAGCUCGCCGCGAAGGCACGACCUGCGGAAUCCGGGACCCAAUACACCUGGACCAGCUCCAAGGACGCUCCCCAAGAGGAACCCAAGACCAGUACUGCUGCUUCUGAAGAAGAAGAAAGUGAUGAAGACGUGUCUUCUCCGGCCGAAGACCCCGAGAAGAAAGACUCAGAGGGCAAGACUUCUCCGGCCAAGGGGGGGUGAAAACUUUUAUUCCUGCGGGAGAGACAAUGCAUCAUUUUGGCCCCAGCGAGGGUUUGUAAUAUAACUUUAAAUUCUUAAGUAUCUAGGGACGAAACAAUUAUGCAUGGGCGGAAAACUUAUCCUGCUAUCCUUUUGAAUUAUUUGCAUGUUUCGUUUUAUGUCAGAAAGCAAGUGCUGACUUCAUUGUUUUCCGGCUUAUUCGCUUGACCUUCCGCGAGCCGGAAAACCUUAGCCGGAAAUGCUCGCCGGCGGCGACGAAGCCCAAUGGCAGUCCGUCCAUAACCGCGGAAACAAGCCCCCAGGCAUAGGUGCCGGAAAUCGCUACUAGGAAUCCACGAGUUCGCAACAGAUAACAACUUAAUCAGAAAACUUAAGCUUACGUCUUAAAAGACGGUUUUGGA